GCUUUAUUAUUUCUCCUACGUGAAAAAACUGAAGAUCUGAUCCAGUUCUUAUUUUCAUCUCAUCCCUUCAGUCUCAUUGAGGGGCAACCACAGAAUCAACCUUCAAGGAAUACAUGGGUUUUGGAAGCUAUUCAAACUAACAGUUGAUUUAUAGAUCUAGGACGGAGAGCUACCUGCUACUCCAAACUUGUUUGGAUCGCGAAACCUACGAACUAGCAAGUCAUUAAAAACUAUCGCUCCCUACUCAGGCGAAAAUUAACGAAUUUUAAGUCAGAAAUCUUGGAAUUCCAAUCCACUCCCCUGAAAACACGGAUAUUGAAGAUCAAUAGGGCUACGAAUUCAAAACCUUUCCAGAGCAGGACUCUGCCAAUCAUGAACUGUGAAUGAAACUAUUUUCGAUUUUUAUCCUUUCAGAUUUUGGCCAAAACGUUCAAGCUUUGCGACUCUUCAUCUGGACUGUGAGUUUCGCUGAGGUGCCUCUUGACUGCAGGCAGAUCAGCUGACAGCUACUUUCCAAGUCGGAAUAGGGACGGACUUGUUACCGUAGCGAUUCAACCAGCCGGGUAGAAGCGCGAAGUCAAUAAGUUCAAGCGGCUAGAUUGAGUUAGGGAUUACCAGACUGGAACUUCCAGCAAACAUGGACAAGACGGAGGGAAUCAUUAGAUGGUCGCCAAACUCAGCUCGUGCGCAGUUUGUCGCAUUCAAUCUGAAUUAUCGAAUCCUUCAAGUCUAUGAGGCCAAGGGCCUUGCACGGCCAGGAAACUUCGAGUAUGAGCCCCUAUCUCGUUACAUUGAUAUCCCCUCUUUGAAUACGUUCGACUGGUCGCCAGUUGUCGAAGGAUUGGUUGCUGUUGGUACUUCUAGUGGCGAGCUUCAAUUACUACGAGUUGACGACAAUUCUAAUGCUGUUUUGUCUCUUUCUAUCAAGCAGCCAAGAGCAUGUCAAGCCGUCGCUUUUAACACUACUGGAUUGCUAGCGAUUGGUCUUGAAAGAGUUCGCAAUGAUGGCUCUUUGCAAAUUUGGGAUAUUAAUCAACGCCUAGCUGAUUGGGAUACUUCUCAGCCAGGAUGGAAAGUCCCAAAUAAUGCAGUCGAGCCGAGAAAGUUAGAGUCGGCCACCGUGAGUGGACGUAAACAAAGCACCCUUGACGGCGCUACUGACAACAAACAGGUAACUAGCAUUAAGUUCUUUGAAGAUCAACCGCAAACCCUUGCUAUUGGUAUCAAGAACUCUUCUGUCCGGAUCCACGAUCUCAGAGGUUCGUUGAGUUUCAUCUUGUCGGUAACACAUACUGAAAUAGAAUAGAUCCGAGUGGUGGAGUAAUCACAUUUCAAACUAAAUGCAACAAUAACCUCACCAUCGACUACUCAGACCCCAACUACUUUGCUUCUUCUUCUUUAGAUCAACCUGGAGUCAUGGUCUGGGAUCGACGUGUCAGCACUCGAGCUACUGCCUCUCCGAUGUACUUGGACGCUUUUGAUAACGAUGGAUAUGCUUGGGGGGCCGCUUUGCAAUUGAAGAAGGUCAUUUCCACCGACAAACAAGGCUCAUAUAUUAAAUCAUUGCGCUAUUGUCGAGAGCAACGGGGAACUUUGGGCGUUCUGUCGAAUACCGGCCAGCUUCAGAUUCUGAAGACUAACAAGGAGUAUUACGAUCCUGGUUCUGAAGAUGAUGUUAAAGGAAGUCCGGAGCUACUUCAAGUCAGCAGGUCGUCUGAUCUCGAAUAUCCAUAUUUCGACACAGAUCGUGGGCGCAAGCAGGAAGAUAGGAUAGUCUCUUUCGAUUGGUUAACCCUCGGUACUACAGAUCUACAGCCACGUGUUGUUGCAUUGAGGGCUUCUGGAUCAUUAGAAAUCAUGCAAACACCGCCUACUAGCACCGAUCAAAUGAUGGAGUUCAUGCCAUGGCAACAGCCACAUAAUCACGACAAAGUGCCAUAUCACACUUUGAUGGACUUUGCAGAUGCCACCGAGCGUAGAGCAAAUCUUGGCCCUCUUUAUGCAAACGAACUGAAGUUUAAUACACCCAUAUUUGGACCAGAUGGAUACAACACCCCACAUGUUCAAGAGUCGCUAGCGGCUGCUCUUGACAAAGCUCUUGAACGUCCCGAAGCUCCAGCAUCAGAUGUCAAGAAAGAGACCCCUGGCAGCCAGAUUAGCAGAGCAUCUUUCACGAAGUCGACUUUUGCGGAAGCUAUUGAUCGACAGUUCGAGAUUGCCGACGAUCCUGUUCUGGAGACAUUCCCCAAGGGUGGAGGUGUCGGCGCUGAGAGCGUCCAUGGUUCUUUGAGCGAGAAAUUAUCUGCUAUAAAUCUGUUGAGCAAAUUCAAGUCCCAAGAUCCAUCAACAACUAAGAUUUGCUCAAGCAGGGAUAUGCACGAGAUCUUACUUAGAUCUCGCAUACCAGCUUCUAAGGCCGACGCUAUGCUAAUUGAUAAUCUAUUCAUUGAACGUGCUCUCAACGGGUACUUGUUUGAUUGUAACAAAAACAAGUCACUGGUCAAAGAAGAUCCAUGGCUUAGAGACGUAUGGUAUUGGAUUUCACGUAAGUUACUUUUCUGGGUGUUAUUGAUACUAGCUAAUAUAACUAGUGGCCGAGAAAGCAGCCAAGGAUGAUGGAAUGCUGUCCUCAACCCUUGACCUUAGCUAUUUGGGAGCCUAUACUUUAUGGAACAACAAAUUAGGUGGCAAGGCCGAAUCAAGACUUGUCGAAAGUACUGUUGUUCCUGAUCCUACUCAGUGGGAAAGACUUAUUGCUGUUAUCAACAAACGUAUUGGCUAUGAAGAGUAUACUGGUGUACCAACUAUGAGGCCACAGCAUCGACAAUUAUGCCUUGCUCAGUGCGGUUUUGCAAAACCUGUAGCAGAGCUUAGAGAAAUUCUUGCCCGCUUACAAGGAAGAGGAGAGUAUACCAAAGCAGCUGCACGGGCGCUUUUUGAAGGAGAACCUGAACUUGCAGUUGAUAUCCUUAGGCGUGGAGACAAAGAGCUAGUAUUUGCUGCUGUAGCACUCGAUGUUACAACCAAGAGUCCUCCCAACGUUGAUCUAUCCAAUUGGAGCAAGACGCUUGAAGAUCAAGCUCACAUGUCUGGAGAUCCAUAUCUCCGAGCUAUCUUUGGCUAUGUCACAACACGAGACUGGGAGGUCAUCGCAAAUGAGACAGCUUUACCAUUGAGAUACCGCGCUGGAGUUGCUUUAAGAUACCUUAGUGAUCUUCAACUCACAGAGUGGCUUGACAAGGAAAUGGAAGAAGCUAUCGUACACGGAGAUAUCGAAGGCAUUGUUCUUGCCGGGAUCACAGACAACAUGGUCGAUAUUUUAGCGAAAUAUGUUGCAAAGUUUUUCGAUUAUCAAACCGCCAUUCUAAUCAUGUCUUUUUGCUACCCGCGAUACAUUUCUGAUAUUCGCUGCGAUGCCUGGCGCCAAAACUAUCAAGCUUAUUUAAAUCGCCAUCAGCAAUUCAUCCUACGAGUCCAAUUUGACCAAGGCUCAGCCAAGAAAUCUCGUCAACGAGACGGCAUUCCAGUUAUCAAACCUCCAAUCCGCCAAGUCACCGUCCGCUGUCUCUACUGCGAUAACCGUUCUUCAAAUGAUCGUCACAAUGCUUCAGGCGCUGCUCCCGCCCCCCCUAAUUCAUCCGCCGGUCCUUCCUCUUCUGCUGAUGAACGCAAUCCUUUAAUCUCCAGUGGAAUCAAUGCAGGUCUUAGCUGUCCUCGCUGUGGUUCGCACUUACCUCGCUGUGGAAUAUGUUUAGAAAUUUGUGGUUCUCCGAGGUCGGAUAGGCCUGAGCUGUCAAACGAUCCGAUGAUUAAAAGGAUGGGCAAUCAGUUGACUUUCUGUAUGAAAUGUAAACAUGCUGCUCAUAUGGAUCAUGCGAUAAAGUGGUUUGAUAGACAUUUGGAGUGUCCAAUUGCGGAAUGCAAGUGCCAGUGUAACUUUAGGCCUAAUGCGGAUAUUGCUUAAGUUUAGAUGGAAUAGUAGGAUAGGUUGUCAGAACGAGUUUCAAUGGCGUUAUGAGUGCACGGAUGCACAUGGGUGGGUAUACCCCUUUCUAGUAUGAUACUGGAAGCGUUCGUUAUGGUGCAGAAUAAAAAUUUGUUUAAUUGUUGUGGAUGAUACACCCGCGUGCGUGUAUUGCAGUUUGCGAACCACGAUUUGAGAUGAGUCCGUGGGUAAAAUUCGACAAAAGUGAGAUAGCAUUGCAAUGACCUAUCUCUAUCCGGAAAUGCAGAUGUCAAUCCUUUUAGUAGGUAGCCAUUACCCUCUUAAGAGUCUGUUCUUUUCCAAGCUUAUAGAUAUUUCUAAUUU